AUGGAGAGCGCGUUUGGAGAUCUCCGUCAGCAUCCCCAACGCGGAUGUGUAACUCCGAGCAAGAUCAGCGUGGUUGGCCUGACCAUCGGUAUGGUGUGCAUUUAUUCCGCCAUUGAGUAUUUCACCGCCCGUCUACCGGACUGGUUCAGUUUGAAUCCGGGGUACGGCAAAAAUUUCAUUCGUAGAGAAGAGCAUACCGGCUCGUAUGCCACUGUGCCGUCUCAGGCUCGUAUGCCACUGUGCCGCGAGAACGCAGCCUUCAGAUUUGGGGAUACGGAGAGCAUCACUGGGCAUGCACUGCGAAGGCCGUAG